AUUUUACAUUUCACAAAACAAGCAACCAGGAAGCUUUAUAACAAUACAGUUGAUAUAGAUAGCUGCAUUUGUAAAUAAAUGUAAACAAUAACAAUACCAUAAGCUUGCAUGCCCCAGUGGAACUUUAGGCUAUUCAGAAGGUAAUUUUAUUGGUGUAAAGUAACUGAAUUGAUUAACAAGUAGUCAGCAUCCGGUUCAGUUUCUUAAUAACAAACCAAAUUUCAUGUAAAUCGGUUUAGAGUUACAGUUUGUAGUGAACUCUAUUAUUAACUGGCGGAUUUUGACCUCUGCAAUAUGGCGACCGCUCAGACGCUCUAUGUUUCUACAUCUAUGUGGCUGACUGCAGUGCAGAGAGGACGGUCCCCCGGUGUGGAGUUCACACGGAGCCUGAACCGACAUUUACCCUCCGGACAUGAGUGUAGAAGACAGUAAAAAAAAAGCUGUUUUUUCCGCAAUAAUUAGGGUCAUAGAAAUCACAACAACGAACGCAGAAUAACGGUCCGUUAUGGCCGUUACUAGCGACUCCGCGUCGCCAGAGGGCGGUGUAACGGUUGGUGUAACGGUCGGUGUAACGGUCGGUGAACAGUCAGGCAGCCAAUCAGAGGAGGCCAACAUGGGCGCACAGAGGAGGGGAAGGAAGCUUUAUUGCCGCCAUUUCACGUGAAAGCAGCGCGAUAGGAACGACGUUCAGGGAUAAACAAUUACAAAAAUCAGCCCGAUUUUGAGUUUAAAACACCAACUGGAGAUUUGUAAACCAUCGGUAGCCAUUUUAGCUAACGGAAAGGCCGUGCGAUAUUCGUUUUUAACCGGGCGGCUCUGUUGCUUAGAGACGGUAGAGAAUGAGCUACGGAAGGCCGCCGCCAGACGUUGAGGGGAUGACCUCCCUCAAAGUGGAUAACCUGACUUACCGAACUUCGCCGGAGACUCUGCGCCGAGUUUUCGAGAAGUACGGCCGUGUGGGGGAUGUGUAUAUCCCCCGGGACAGGUACACCAAGGAGAGCCGCGGGUUCGCCUUCGUGCGGUUCCUCGACAAGCGCGACGCCGAGGACGCCAUGGACGCUAUGGACGGCGCGCUGCUCGACGGGCGGGAGCUCCGGGUGCAGAUGGCCCGCUACGGCCGACCUCCGGACUCCAUGUACAGCCGGAGAGGGGCUCCGCAACGCAGAUACGGAGGGUACGGACGGAGGAGCAGGAGUCGUUCAGCCAGUCCUCGGCGUCGCAGACGUAGCCGCAGCCGCUCCAAGAGCAGAAGCCGUUCCCGAUCCAGGAGCCGCCACCACUACAGCCGCUCCAGGUCCCGCUCCUACUCCAGAUCCAGAUCCAGGUCCAGGUCCAGGUCCAAGUCCAAGUCCAAGUCCAGAACCCCCAGACGGAGCAAGUCGAAGUCUCCCUCCAGGUCUAGAUCCCGGUCCAGGUCCAAGUCGAGGAGUCGAACCCCGCCUUCCAACAGAGGGUCCAAAUCCAGGUCCAGGUCCAAAUCCAAGAGUAGGCCCAAAUCUCCAGAGGACAACGGAGCAGAGUGUUAACCCAAAGCUUGGACACAAUAUGACGCUGCGGAGUCCUGUUUGCAAAGGGAGGAGGAGGAGGAGGAGGAGGAGGAUGGGGGUGUGGCAGUGUGAGAGCAGUUAGUGUGUGACCCCGCCCAGUGUGACCUGCCUUGUUGCUGAGAGCGAUGGCAGUUGCUAAGGAGCAGGUCACCAAGGCAACGGUGGUUGCUAUGGAGCAGGUCGUCAAUGGCAGUGGUUCGGGCUGUCAGUUGGUGUAUGAGGUGGUGGUGUGGUGAGGUACGUUCACGGGGGAUCACGGGCAGAUGCACUGAGCACUGUUUUCCCACCUGUGCCUGUGGUCUCCUCCGCCUCUCACAAAGGGAACCGACCCCGAGGUUUGUUUUUCAACAUAUGCCCGAGUGUAAGAGUCGUAGUUAGACAUAGUUUUAUUUUUGGAGGGGGGGGCCAAGAAAGGUGUGUAAACAAAAUGUGAAGAUUUAUAGAAAUGUUAGGUGUAAAAAAAAAAAAAAAAGGGGGGGCAGUUUGAUAAAUGUUAGCAUCAGGGGAAAGAUCAGAUCAGUACUGUAUUUAAAUAUUCAGUCGUAGCUUCAGGAGUUCAGAUGUUUGUUGUUUUUGUUUUUUGCUCUUGUCAACUCGUUCCUGUCUUUUCCUUCCAGAUCUCAGAUGAUUGAGCCUUUGCUGAGGACAUCAGGAAGAGUCUCACAUUGAGCAAGGGGACUCCACUAUUACCACUGAAUGCAGACUGAAAGGUUAUUGGAGCUUGGUCUAAAAUGUUUUCAAUGUUUUCAUUUGACCUUUAAUUUGCCUAAAACAAAAUUCUGUAACAUUGAUGUGAUCAUUGUUUGUAAAUUCCACAAUAUUGAAAAUAAUUUCUAAGGUGUUUUUUUUGUUUUGUUUGUUUUGUUUUCUCAUUAAAUUUGGGGUCUUUGCAUUUUGAUUAAAUUUGUACUUGUUAAUAUUUUUUUUUUUUUUUUUAAAUUAAAGUAGAUUUCUUUGUUUAACUCUUUCUAGAUGGAUAUGAAAGAGUUUUAUUUGCAGAGUUGAUGUAGUAAAGGGUGUCAUGUUGGAUGUUCAGAUCCUUUCACAGAUAUGUUAUAUACACUCUUAUUGGAACAAAAAAAAAAUGGCUUACUGUUUAGUGACAUAAAAGCAAAACAUUAAAGUAUCGCAGUGCCACUUCCUAAUCCGGCAUUUUUCUUUUCUGUCAAACCUUUUUUUUUUUUUUUUUUUCUGUCUAGUUUAAAGUUGCUUUCCUAUGACUCUAACCCUCUUUCUUGUGUAUCUUUUGUGCACUAGGCGCAGUUGUGUAGCAGUUGAGUAAUGCUGGUUAGCUGUUAAGAUGCGGUGCAGUGCGGUGGUGACAUGGUGUGGCGUGUUGCGGUGCUGAGUGCCCGGCGCUGUUCCGGGGCUCGACCCUCCGCUGCCGUUUGCCGGUUUGUAAGCUCACAGGUGUGGCAGAUCAACCAUCCUUCUCCUGUCUUGUGACCUCUUCCUUCCCUCCAUGUGCUGUACAGAUUCUCUCCUUCCUUCCUUUUUUCUCUUUAUUCUCCCUCCUCUCCCUUUUCCCCCUCUUGUGGUUUUAAUCCACUGUUCAUAACUGGUUUUUGCUCGCUUUUUUUGAAAAUGGGUCCAGUGUGACUCCUUUAGUGAAGGGUUUAACGGGCGGUCAACGCUGCCCAGUGAAUCAUUUUCUUUUUGUUGUGGUGUGUGUGUGUGUGUGUGUAUUGCAUUCCUCUGUGAAAUCCCUCAAUUGUCUUGUAAUUGCUUCAGGUGAAUGCGAAUAAAACAUCUUUGUCGUAAAUAAA